AACACAAAAUAACUAAUACAAAACAAGAGAAAAUAACAAUGGAGAUGACACAGAGAAGUUUAAGCUUGUUGGUGUUAUGUUUCCUUAUGGGAACAAUGUUAGUGAGUGCUCAGAGUGCAACUAACGUAAGGGCAACAUACCAUAAUUACAAUCCUCAGAAUAUUAAUUGGGAUUACAACACUGCCAGUGUAUAUUGUGCUACAUGGGAUGCUAAUCAGCCUUUGUCAUGGCGUAGCAAAUAUGGUUGGACUGCUUUUUGUGGACCCGCUGGACCUACGGGCAGAGAUUCUUGCGGCAAAUGUUUAAGUGUGACAAAUACUGCAACUGGAGCUCAGGCAACAGUGAGAAUAGUGGAUAAAUGUGCCAAUGGUGGUCUGGAUUUGGAUGUGAAUGUCUUCAAUAAAAUUGAUACAAAUGGACAGGGUUACCAGAAUGGCCAUCUUACAGUUAACUAUAACUUUGUUAAUUGUUAAUUAAUGUGAAUGAAUGAAUCACUGUUUGUGAUCAAAAGAUGUACUAAGUACCGCCUAAUAAUACCAUAAAUAAAACAAGCGGUGCUACUUGUAUACUACCUUUAAUUUGGAUGAAUCUAAAUAAACUUGUUCUUAUUUAUCAUUUACUAUA